CUGCUGGGCGUCUCUCUGCAGAUGGGAAGGUGUUCGCCCUGGGCGGAAUGGGAGCAGACACAACGCCUCAGGCUUUUGUUAAAGUCUACGAAGCAGAGAAGGAUCAGUGGCAGGCCACCACCUCCAUGCCUACGCCACGCUACGGAGCCACACCCUUCGUAAUAGGAAACAGAAUUUACGUGAUGGGUGGUCGUCAGGGAAAGAUGCCAGUAACGGCACUGGAGGCUUUCGACCUGGAGAUGAAGAGCUGGACUCGGUUCCCCUGCAUCCCGAGCCGCAGGGCGUUCUCAUGCUGCGCUACCAACGAGCGCAGCCUGUUCAGCCUGGGUGGGCUCCAGCAGCCGGGGCCUCAUAAUUUCUACUCCCGACCUCACUUUGUCAGCACUACGGAGGAGUUUGACCUGGAUCAAGGUAUGUGGUUAUUUAACGGUAUGUAUUAACAUUAAGGCACAAUUAUUUCACGUUAAGCUAAUUUACAGGUAUAUUUUAUGAAAGGUACCUUACAUACCUACCUACAUAUGGCUACCAUUUUGGUCCAACUUUUACUCUUUACAUUCCAUCUCUCUCACUCUCCCUCUCUUUUUCUUUCCCUCCCUGUGAGAGUGUCAGAUUUCCAUUAACACACUGCUCAAUGUAAAUUAAACACUGGUGUUCUCAUUAUCCAAUUGGUGCAAUGAAUGUGCCCAAUCUCAUGCAAC